CCCAGUUCUGCAACUCCUGCAGCUCCAGCGAGGCAGUCUGGGUUUGCAGUCAGGGGACACUCAUCAUCAUCAUCAUCAUCAUCAGUCACAGAGCAGCUCUCUCUCUCACUCUCUCUCUCUCUCUGUCCCACCCUCAGACACCCCCACACUUUUCUCGCCCUGUCCGUCUGUCUGAACAAGCACAGCAUCUUCUUUUCUCCUCUCUUCUUAUCACAAGGCAAACAUGUCCGCAAACGGCGCCGACGGGGACCUGCUGCAGAUCCCUCUGGGGCUCAUCAACAGCGAGGGGAAGUAUCUGACCGCGGAGACCUUCGGCUUCAAAAUCAACGCCUCGGCGAGCAGCCUGAAGAAGAAGCAGACCUGGACCCUGGAGCAGACCGGGGAGGACGGCAGCGUCGUGUUCCUCCUCUCCCACCUGGGCCGCUACCUUGCCACGGACAAAGACGGCAACGUUACUGCGGACAGCGAGACGCGCGGCCGGGACUGCCGCUUCGUUAUCACAGCGCAUGAGGACGGGCGGUGGUCGCUGCAGUCCGAACCGCACGGGCGGUACCUCGGCGGCAGCCAGGACCGGAUCACCUGCUUUGCGCAGACCGCCUCACCGGCGGAGAGAUGGAGCGUACACCUGGCCGUACACCCGCAGGUCAUCCUGUACAGCUUCGCGCGCAAACGCUUCGCCCACCUGAGCGCGCAUGGGGAGCGGCAGGAGGUGUCAAUAGACCGGGAUGUCCCCUGGGGGGUCGACUCGCUUGUGACACUGGUCUACCGUGACCAGCGCUACCACCUCGAGACGUCCGACAACCGUUUCCUCCGCAAUGACGGCAGCCUGUCCACACAAACGGACAAAGACACCGGCUACAUGCUGGAGUUCCGAUCCGGGAAAGUGGCAUUCCGCGACUGCAACGGUCGCUACCUCGCACCCAUGGGCCCCACUGGCACAAUGAAGUCCGGGAAGGGCACCCGGGUCGGGAAGGAUGAACUGUUUGGCCUGGAGCGCAGCCACGCGCAGGUCGUGCUGACUGCGGGCAACGAGAGAAACGUCUCCACGAGGCAAGGCAUGGACCUGUCAGCCAAUCAGGACGAAGAAGGGGAUCAGGAAGUGUUCCAAAUGGAGAUGAGCCGUGAGGACAGGAAGUGUGCCUUCAGAACUGCUGCGGGAAAAUACUGGACCCUAACAGCAACUGGAGGACUGCAGUGCACUGCCUCCACCAAGUCUGCCAACAGUUUCUUUGAACUGGAGUGGCGUGAUGGUCGCGUGUGUGUACGUGCAGCUAACGGCAAGUAUGUGGUCGCCAAGAAGAACGGACAGCUAUCUGCUACUGUUGAUAACCAAGGGGAGGCCGAGCAGUUCCUGAUGAAGCUGAUCAACCGCCCAAUCAUUGUCCUUCGUGGAGAACAUGGUUUCAUCGGGGCUCGUAAAGCAGGAAUUGCGAACCUGGAUUCCAACCGAGCAUCCUAUGACGUUUUCCAGCUGGAGUUCCACAAUGGAGCGUACGCCCUCAAAGACUCCCAGGGGAAGUAUUGGUGUGUUGGAGAUGACACUGCAGUGGCGUGCAGCAGCGCCACACCUGUCCAGUUCCUCUUUGAGUUCUGUGACCUCAACAAGAUGGCAAUCCGUGCUCUUGGAGGGAAGUACCUUAAAGGAGACCACGCUGGGGGGCUAAAGGCCAGCGCCGACUCCGUGGAUAGUGCCACCCUCUGGGAAUACUGAGAGAGCACAGCCGGACUUCACCAAUAUCUGACACAAUGCUUCUAACUAUUGAUAGAUACUGUAGGUAGCUGUUUUUUGCAUAAUGUGUGUGUGCGUGUGUGUAACUGUGAAUUAGUCUGGAUGGACGUGUGGCUGAAUUGAAAGCUGAUAAACUGGAAGUUAUGGCACCAAAGCACUACAGGUGUUUUAUUAUUUUUCUGUCUCAAUCAUUAUCUCUUCUUACUGUGCUUUUUACUGGAGAUUUGGAUUUCCAAUGACUUGCUGUUUAAUGAAUGAAUCAUUGUGUGGUUGCGCAUUAUUUGUUUCACUUGCAGUCAACUUUACACAAGCUGUACCUGAUGUACGUCAGGAUGAUUACUGCAUUUAUUAGUCGAGCCUAUCUGUGGUAACUACUGGUGUAAACAAACAUGUAGAUGCUAUAACUCAUAAUUCACAAUAUCUAACCUUUUCCUGUUCAGUGUCCUGCUGGCUCUAUUGCUCCGCUUUCAUCUCCUCUUCUCUUUCAAACUAUAAAGCAUAACACACAUUAGAUAAAGGGAUGUUACUGAUUUACAUGUUUCAGCUGUAAAUAAUGCUUUAUUUAGCACAGAAUGCUUCAAAAACAUAGUAACCAUGGAAACUUUUAUGUGAAAAAGUGUGUCUCCUAAGAAAGAAAUGGGAUGUGGCUGGCAGAUCUAACAUGCUCUUUGCUUGUGCGCUACUUACUGCACCUUUCCAGUUUUCUCUCCUCAGUCUUCGAUGUGCAGACAGACUAAAUCUGUAAAUAGACAGAUGCAUCGUCAGUAGUCAGUAGUCUAAAGUUUUCCUUCAAGACUACAUCCACUAAGUUCUCUCUGGUUCCUUAAAUGAUUGUAAGGUUUUAAGGAAACAAAAGAAAAGAUUGGAUGAGUAAAAGAAGCGUUGAAAUUCACCCAGCAACUGAAGGAGCCUUAUUAGUUCAAAUGAUCAUCUUUUCUGUAAAAAGGUGGUGACGUGUAGGGCCUAGUUGUCACCACACACUAUACACUCAAAAGCACAUUAAAUAGACAAAAAUAUGCAGUCAUAGAUACAUUAAUUCCAACUGUGAAAAGUCAGUGAUUCAAAAUCUGCACAAUAAUGUAGUUUAUGUCGAUUUGAAAGAAGUUAAAAGCACAUGUUUUUUGUGAUGAAAUGUCUGCCUUAGAUUGGGUCCUGCUGCUGGUGUGUAAACACAAUGACGGAGUCAUCUCUCUGGCGAACGUUGUGGCUGUGCCUUCCAUUUCAGCCUCUUUUUUUCAUGUUCUUAUACAUUUGACCUCAAAUGAGUAAAAACCCCAAUAAAGUUUUCCUU